AUGGCGCAGAUGAUUCCCGAUGGGGACGUGAGCCUCUACUGGGGCGACGAGCUCGACUCGGUGGACAUAGCCGACGUCAUGGCCUCGGCUCUCUUGGUGGCGUCCGACGCCGAUCAGCUUCCCGUCAUCUCGGAGGCAUCGCUCUUGGACUUGCUCUCGGACGAUACGACUGACCUAUCGAUGCUCCUCGACUUUGAAAAGACACCGGACGAGCUCCACAUGCAGUGGACGUCGUCGGUGGAGGCGAAGGCGUCAACUCGACCUCGAAAGCUCUGCUCGCAUCCAGGCUGCGGCAAAACGGCGCGGGUCAAAGGCCAUUGCACAGCGCACGGGGGGCGUCGAUCGUGCAGCGAGCCCGGCUGCACAAAAGUGCCUCAAGUCGGUGCCAAGUGCUCCGAUCACGGUGGCUUCACCAACUGUACAGUGGAGGGCUGCAAGAAGCGAGCGCAGUCCAAGGGUCUCUGCAAAACCCAUGGUGGCGGCAUGCGUUGCCAGGCCGACGGCUGCACGAAAGCCGUGACCUCGAACGGCCGUUGCCGAUCGCACGGAGGUGGGUCCAAAUGCUCGGUCGCAAACUGUGAAAAGUGGGCCCAGCGGCGAGGAUUGUGCACCUCGCACGCCAAGCAGAUGUAA